AGAGCUCAGAGUGGGUAGGGGUGAGUUCAGGGGACCCAGAGGCAGAGCACUUUGCAGAGGACUGUACCAGUGAUCUCCUGGCCUCCAGUGAGAACAGACAGCCACAAUGGAACCCAGACCUCAGAAGAGUCCAGGCAAACAACUUACCUAUUCUUAUGAAAAUGAAGUCUGCAAACAAGAUUACUUUAUUAAAUCACCACCCCCUCAGCUUUUCUCCUCCGUGAACUCUUGGAAAAGGCGGUAUUUCAUUCUGUCAAGGAAUGGGGAAAAGGGCUUUAGUCUUUCCUAUUACAAAGACAAUCAUCACAGAGGGUCCAUUGAAAUUGAUCGAAGUUCCAAUGUAGAAGUUGGCAUAAGUAGCCAUGAAAAAAUGCAGUCCGUCCAGAAGAUGUUUAAAUGCCAGCCUGAUGAGGUGAUGUCCAUCACAACCACUAGCAGGGAAUAUGUCCUCAUUAGCUGUGAUAGGGAGAAGAUUAAAGACUGGGUCUACUUCAUGUCAUCAUUUUGCGGGGGAAAAGCAGCACACCAGAAUACAGAGCUUUUAAUGGAAAAUAGUUCUCCAGGACUCAGACGAGCUCAUCUACCACAAGAUUUCUUGUUGGAGACCACUGAAGAUACAGAAGAAGAGAAUCAUUAUAUGAGUCCUCGAAGUGUUCUUUUGGCGUUGGAUAAUAUUAUUGCAUCUGCGGAUUCUGGUGAACCUGUUGAACCUGGCAGUCCAGAUGAGGCCUCCAAGAAAAUUGAGCACCAUUACAUGUCAAUGAAAUCCUGUUUUUUCAAAAAGACAACUGAUGAGCCUGCUGAUAGCAAAGAAGAACCCCAGACCCUCCCAGAGACCCAGGAUGGGGGGCUCCACCUGCAAGAGCAAGGCUCAGGAAGUGACUCUCAUCUUCCACCUGCCGAAACGGAGGCACAGACCACGAAUGACAAAAAAGGGACCGCCUCACUCACUGUUGUGCAAUUGUCUAUAUUAAUCAAUAACAUCCCUGAUGAAAGCCAAGUGGAGAAGCUGAACGUAUUCCUUUUUCCUCCUGACAUCAUAAAUUAUUUGUCUCUCACAGAAGCUGUGGGACGGAUAUGUGUGGCCCAGUGGGAAGGCCCCCCACGCCUGGGAUGCUUAUUUUUUCACGGAGAUCACCUUUUGGCCAUAAAUGACCUGCAGCCCCACACCCUGGAGGAGGUCUUCUUGUUUCUCAGCCGUUCCAACAGGAAGGAGACAGUAAAACUCACCAUCGGCCGGAUCCCAAAUUCAGAGAAAUUCCACACUAUGACCUGUACGUGCCCCUUAAAAUACCAAGAUGGUGUACCUUUUCAACUGGAUACGCCUAAACUGGAAACACUGAAGAGGAGUCCAGCCAUUAAAAAGGGUCAGCAGAAAAGAACUGGAGAGUCACAUGAUGGGACCCUCUGAUGGGAUGAUCAUGGGACCUGGACUCUGUGCUGGGCUCUGCCACUUUGUGCUGGGUGAUAUGAGGCAAGUCAGCACACCGCUCUGAAUUUCCGCAUCCACGUCUUAACAUUGGGGUAACUGUGUCUUCUCUGGCUACUGCUUCAGGGAUGUGGAGAGGGCCGAGUGGGCCAAUGACCAUGGAACACAGGGAAAAUGUAAGGCCUUAUCUCAGACUUUGUCCCAAGCACCACAGACUGGGAUUGGGCAAGUCGCUCAUCUGAAAAACAUGCUGUGUGUUCUGUCAGGUCAUGGUCCACCCAACCCCUACUUCAUUAGGGAACCUACAGUGGGAAACAUUCAUUCCAGGAAGGCGAGAUUCCCGAGAAAUAUCUGAUACCAUAUCAGCCUUCGCAAACACCCGCUAAUCUUCAUGCUCAUAGUCCAGAAUCCCGAUACAGUGUGGCCUCUUGGAUUCAAUGAUUAUCUGGCUUUCUUAAAGACCCCGUAACUAUUUUACAAAUCAAAGCAGUUUUGCGUCACUCCCAGCAAAGCUCUGCAUGCUCUACAGGGAAUAAGAGAACUACUUUGCACUUCUGAGUUUGGAAAUUCUUACCUAACCGAUGCAUUCGCUAAUCGAUCCUGGAAGACCAAAAACAUUAAAUCCUUUUUCAUAACUAGGAAAACCAAGGCAGAGAGCUAAAGGAUUCAUCAAAUUCAGGAAUGUUAGCGCAAAAGGGAGUUUCAAAAGAUCGUACCAUGGUGUCAUUUUGCAUGGGACGAAAUCAAGGCCUCAAAUGUUUAAUGAUAUACUUUCUUGAUGGCUCCCAGUUUCACAGCUGUUUAGUGGCAGAACCAAGAAUCUAAAAGCAGCCCUGAGAAACAAAUGUUCUGAUCCUCACACUAUGUUUGGAUUCAGAUUUGAAAAAACCUUCAGCACAUAGAGGAGACAGUUAAUUUUCUGUUAUCCAGAUUGUGCAGAAAGUAUUUAAACUUCUCAUUCAUAUGCCCUAUUAGACCUACUGUUUUGUUUAUUUGUUUGUUUGUUUUUUAAACUGGGUUGGAGUUAAGACUCUGCUCCUGCCACCGUUUCUUCACCCUCCCCACCACCCUCUGUUUUACUGAGACGUAAUUGACAUAUAACAUUGUAUUAGUUUAAGGUGUAAAACACAAUGAUUUGACAUAUGUGUGUUUACCUACGGUUUCUACUUCUAGAAAUUUAUCCUGCAGAAUUACUCACACACGUGCACAAGUAUAUCUGUGAAAAAUGUUCACUG